CUGCUUUUUUAUGUCACUGCCAGAUUUUAUGUCACUAUCGUGUGUCACUAUUAGAUUUUUAUGUCAUUAUAACUGCCGGAAAAUUUUCUAGCAACAUUUUUCGGUGAAACUGUACUCCACCGCUAGUGCCCCGUCGAUCACAUUUUUUCGUGUCACUACGUAUUUUAAUGUCACUGUCCGAUUUUGAUGUCACUUUCGUACAUACGGAUGUCACUGGCGUCGGAAAACAUGUCACUAUGAUUGUUUCUGAUGAGCAAAAUUGCAGCCGCCAACACCACGGCCGAUCAACCGCCACCCGCGCAACCACCACAGUUAACAACCGUCGCCCUAACCAUGACCGCACCGGCCACUCCCUAGCCCACCAGCCCCCUCCCCAGCUCCACUUCAACCCACCAACCCCUGUCCAGCCCCACCACAACCCACCAGCCCGCUGCCCAGCCCCACCACAACCCACCAGCCCCCAACCCCUUCCUGAGCCCACCAACCCCUCCCCCGCAAUCGCCGCCCAGCCCACCGCCACCCCCCCCACAGUCCACCAGCAUCCUCACAGCCCCCAUGUCAACCUCCCUGAUCUGAUUUCUCUCAUUGUCGAAAACCUAGAUCCACAAUUAAACACACCAUGCCUCACCAUCAGUGAAAGAGAAGAAGAAAGAAGGAAAAGAAAAGUGAAGAUGGUAAGUCGAUGAAGUGUGCAGCGCCAAAGGAGAUGAAUUGAAGAGGAGGAGAAGAGCGGCGGCGAAGAGGAGAAGAAGAGCACCGUAUGCGAACGAAGCAAGGAGAAGAUGGUGGAUUGUGUAAGUUGUGAAGGAGAGCUGAGAAGGAAUAGAUGCUCGAUUCGGUGAUGGGGAGAAGAAACUUGAUGUGCGAAGGGGAGAAGAAGCUCGAUGCGGCAAAAGGGGAUGGAUCACUUUUUUGGAAAAUCAGUUUUCGGUCAUGUUUUUGGAAUACAAAAGGCCAGGAGUCAUAUGCAGGCCAUUAUUUCAUCUAUUUUCAAACAAAAAAGUGGACUUAAUGAACGAAAUCAUUUUAUACCCAGA